UGGCUGGCAGCAGAGGAGGUGGUGAACACUUCACUGUACGUUCAGCUCCGUAGGUAACCCGCACGAGCUCGUCUGGAAGAAGACGCGUGCAAUUCUCCACCCGCAGAUUUUCUGCUAACGGACUCCGUCAGCGAGAGGAUUGUUUGCCAUGUUGGGGACGGUCGUCAAACAGUUAAAGAGCCACCCAGCUCUCAUUCCCCUCUUCGUUUUCAUUGGUGGCGGGGCAACCAUGAGCAUGGUGUAUCUGGCUCGGCUAGCUCUGAAAAACCCUGAUGUCUCAUGGGAUCGUAAGAACAACCCUGAGCCCUGGAACAACAUGCAGCCUGACCAUCAGUACAAACUUUUCACGGUCAACAUGGACUACUCCAAAUUGAAGAAGGACAGGCCUGAUUUCUAAGUCACCCAGUCCAUUCGCCUCUCUGACAUUGCCGUCAGCGUGAGAUGCCAUUGCACUUUUUGCCAAACACAAAACAAGCCCAUGCCGCUGAAUGAAGGUUGAAUCACACACUGUGUGCUGCACUCGUUCAGUCAGUUCAUUUCCAGUGUGAAGGGGAAAGGGAUCAUUCACUUAUUCACAUUCACAUAUGUGACUUGAACAUAAAAAAGAAAACAGGCAACCACCUGUUUUACUAAUUGAUGAAUUUAUUUUUGUCUUUGUUGUAAAUUAUUAAAACCAUUUAAAUCUCA